ACAAGAGCAGUACAUACUAUUUUGUUCGUGUGGCUACCAAACAGGUUCUACCAGCAAGUCCAGCAACUAAGACGCACGCCUAAAUUACAUAAUUAUGUUUAACUAAUUUACAAUGGAUUUCUAUAUCCUGUUACUCAAUUCUAUGAUUUUUAGCUGUAUUUUCGUAUCGGUGAAAACAGAAAUAGGUACGAAUAUAGUAUUCAUCAACAAGUCUCCUGUUAUCGGGUCAAGCGACGCUGAAUUAACGUGUUUUGAUACAGGGGACACUUAUCAGAACGUAUCUCUCACUCUUGAUCGAAUAUACGAUACAGGCUAUGUAUUGCCGACGUCGUCAUCUUUUACGGGACUGCCGAUCCAUGGUCAACAUAAUGUCAAGCUGACGUUGCAAGAAAGUCAAAAUGAUGCACGAUUCGGGUCUUUCUCCUGCGCGUUCCAGGAUAGUGGAGAGCUAAACACCGUAAUAGUAUCCGAAAAAGCAAUCUUAAUGCCAGAACGGUUGUUUUACACAACAAGUGUUGGCGAUUCGAGUUCAGUUAUCAUGAAAAAAGCCAAAGAAUACCAAGACACUGAAAAUCUUACUUGGAUGUUCAACGGAGAUUUCGUUGAAGACUUACAAUACGAAAUUGGUAUAACAGAUGUGAUAUUUAAUAUCAGCUCUGCCGAGCUACAGUACGCGGGAAUAUAUGAGGUUUACCAAUCAAACAAACGAUCGUCGGGUGUUUCCUUCCAAGUACAAAUCAUCGAAUGUCCACCAAAUAAAUUCAACCCUCCUAACUGUGACGGUGAUUGUCCAGUAUGUUACAACGGUGGAGUGUGUGACCUUAAAAAAGGCGCUUGUAUAUGUCAUCCUAACUUUAUUGGCACAAACUGUGAAAAAGCUUGCCCACUCAACAGAUAUGGUGCAAACUGCCACCAAAGCUGCCCUGAUGAUGGCUGUAAGUGGCAAUACUGUAAGGACAAUGCGUUUGGCUGCAAAUGUGGCAGUGGAUUUACUGGCCCUGGCUGUGAUGAGCCAUGUUCUAAAGGCUAUUAUGGACCCGACUGCCGUGAAUCGUGCAGUAAUUGUAUGAAUGGAGCAAGUUGUGAUAGUCAACGUGGAUGUAUAUGUAAAGGCAAUACUAAAGGCCCGACCUGUGCAUUGCCGCGGUUUAAGUUUACUGCCAGUCGGACGGUAGUAAGCUUAUGGGAAGACGAACCAGUCACUUUGACCUGUGCUUGCACCUCAACGGAGGAGGACUGUCCAUUGAUCAGGGACAUUAAGUUUGUUGGUGACGGACCUGAACCAUGGUUUGAAUUAGACGACGAUAUAUCACCUACCGGUACGUCAUUCAGUUUGACGUUUAUUCCGAAGAGAAAUAACGGACUUCUUGUUUUUAAUUGUACCAUACCUGAUGGGGUGGAAACUGUUGUUGUCUCAACUGCUAUCGAGGCUUUAGGCGCCGAUCCGGUUCCUGCCAAAUUCGUUGUGAUCCAAGAUAAUGUUGACCAGGAAACCCAGUUAGCAUGUAGCCUUCGCCAAGUUACUCUUGAUGCGGAGGUAGUGAGGCUGAUCACGCCUUCAUAUGAUGCUCUAUUUUCCUCAAGUAAUUUUCAGAGCAAGUACUUUUUCACCGUAGAGAACGCAAAGCCGGGGACAUACGCUUGCCGAGUGAUUAAUGAUACGGGAUAUGCGGACUCACCACAGUUAUUCAGAUUAAAAGAUCCCCCUACUCCUACGAUAGGUCCAGAAGAGAUCGAAAAUUCAAAGAGAAUUCUUCGACUAGACCUGCAUUAUCAAAAUUAUACUGGAGACGGACCGGUAACGACCGUUUAUCUUUUCUACCGCUUACAACAAGUUACAGAACGUGAUUGGAUUAAGGAGAGAAUCAGCGUUGCCGAUGUUGUCGGCGGGUUCACAUUGACCUCUUUCAUACCACACAAGACAUACGAGUUCAAGACAAAGUUUGAACGUCCUGGCAAAGGAAUUGGCAAUUUCAGCGAAACUACAGUUAUCACAAUUAAGUGUUAUCCUCCAAAAGACGUUCCACGGAUUGUUAGUAGAAGAAGCCCGGAUGAGCAUACCAUAUAUAUAAAGUGGACUAUGACGUCACCAACUGAGCCUCCAGACUAUGAUGGGUUUUAUGUUACUUAUGUACUGUCCGGAGACCCAGAAAAUAGCAAUACCCUUCAUGUGGACCACCCAAAUAUCUUGGAAGCAAACAUUACAGACUUAGUGCCGUAUGAGCUUUACCUCGUUAAAGUUACAGCAGUCAAUUGCAACUUAGAGGGCAGUGCUUCUCGGACGUACGACCAACGCGUUUCUCAGGGUCCUUCUGGUCCAGUUGGAAACAUUCGAGUUGUCAACAAUGAUGAGGGUGAACCAUACAUAACUGUAAGCUGGGAAAAACCUACAAAUCCACAUGGUAUCAUACAAUCUUACAACGUUACAAUAGUUCGAGUGACAGGAGGAGAAGAAGUGAGAACGAAGACAGUUCGUUUAACAUAUUGUAAGGUGAAAGUACGAUGGUACACGGAAUAUAUUGUAUACGUGAGCGCAUCAACGGAAUCACCGAAGCCAGGACAGCCAGCUACAGAUUUAAUAACAACUCCACAGAGCUCUCCGACUGGUCCACCGGUUGAGAUCAAAUAUGAAGUUACACAGAACUCUAUUGAUCUGUCUUGGGAUCGUCCGAUUGAUGGCGAGGCAAAUGGAGUAAUUACACAAUACGAGUCAUACUUCUCUAAAAUAAGGCAGCUAGUGGAAGAUGCUGAAAGCGGUACUAUCAAGGUCCCAAGUAAUAUUGAACACACUGGGCUGGAACCCGACACGCUGUAUUAUGUUAAAAUUCGUGCGUAUACUAGUGAAGGAAGGGGACCCUGGAGUGAUGUCAUCGAAGUGCGAACAGCUCCGAUUACAACAACCGAUCAAACUACACCUCGAAAGGAACAAACAAAAGUGUCUGGAAAAAACCUCAAUUAUAAGGACACAAAUGUCGGGAUCAAUGACAAACCAGAGUCGGCUAAUAAUGGUAAACAAAAUGUUAUAAUUACGGUCGCCGCAGUUGGUACACUCAUGUUCAUAUUGUUAAUUGUUGCUGUUAUUACGUGUAUGGUGGUUUUCCGCACAAAAUCGAGGAACGGACGAGAUCAAGUGGAAACCCCAAUGAGUUAUCAAGAGCUACUUCGACAGCGAUCUAUGGCAAAUGACUACGACAGUGGCGUGGCCCAGCCCCGGUCUCCGAGCCGACUUCCCCUAUCGCAACAGGGAAAUGUUUUUGUGUUCCCCACGCCGUCUCCUCCGUUAUCACCAGGAGCGUUUGGGCCUAUGUCCCCCUUAUCACCUAGUUACUCGAUGAAAUCGCAACUUUCUCCACCACCGACAUAUUACCAGAUACCUUGGAAGGACAUGGUGCUUGAAAAUAUCAUCAUAGCCGAAGGAAAUUUUGGUCAAGUUAUGAAAGCUGUCAUAAAGAAGGAGGAUACGGCUAUCCAGGCUGCAGUGAAAAUGUUAAAAGAAGGAGCAACAGACAACGAUCGUCGAGAUUUUAUUGGAGAACUGGAUAUAAUGUGCAAAGUUGGUUAUCAUCCAAAUAUAGUGAACUUAAUUGGUGCUUGCGAAUACGAAGGGGUGCUGUAUGUUGCGACUGAAUACGCUGAGCAUGGCAAUCUUUUAAACUAUUUACGUCACAGUCGCUGCAUGGAAACUGAUCCAACUUUUGCAAACAAAACAAACAUGUCAUCAACACUAUCAGCAGAAGACCUUCUUCAGUUUGCGGCCGAUGUAGCGCUUGGUAUGAAACAUCUUUCUGAAAAAGGGUGCGUACAUCGCGAUCUUGCUGCAAGAAACGUUCUCCUUUGUGAAGGGCCGGGACUCAAAAUGGUGGCUAAAGUAACCGAUUUUGGUUUAUCGAGGAGUGAAGAAGUUUACGUUAAAACUACAGCUGGUCGACUUCCUGUCCGGUGGAUGGCUAUAGAGUCAAUAAAUUACAGUGUAUACACAACAAAAAGUGAUGUCUGGUCGUUUGGAAUUCUUUUAUGGGAAAUUGUAACACUUGGUGGUACACCUUAUCCUGGUAUGACAUGCGCAGAACUGUACGAUAAAUUACCGACCGGAUACAGGAUGCAAAAACCACUAAAUUGUGAAAAUGAGAUUUAUGAAAUAAUGCAGCAUUGCUGGCGAGAUAGGCCACACGAAAGACCAACGUUCGGCCAACUCUAUAUCGCCCUCAAUAGACUACUACAAGCACAGACGCCAUAUGUUAACGUCGAGAUGCAUCCGGGGUUCUCUUAUGCGGAUAUAGCGUCGGACGAGGAUACAGUCCCGGGUUCACUUAUGUCGAAGGAUUAUUCAAAAUGCUGAAAUUAAAGUAGGACAAACUGGGUGGUGUGUGAUUAGUAUUAGAGCCUACAGUAAGGACAUUCUAUUUCACUUGGCAUGGUGCCCUAUAUUUUUGUAUACAAGUUAUGUCAAAUGGUGUAAAUUUUAUGUUUAAGACAAAUUUGUAACAUUAAUUCUAAAUAUUAUUUCUAAAAUAUUUUUCUAGAAUAUCGAUAUAGAAAUUCUAACUACAGAUCCGUAAUUAUAAUAUUUGAAAACAACAUGAACAUUCCAAUUUAACGAUUAUACAGAAUAUUUGAUCUAUUCCUGUAAGUAUUAUAGACGUAAGGGUAUUUAACAUUUUGUUUAGUAUUAUACUGUAGUGAUAAGAUACUAACUCGAUUUGUAAGAGGGGUUUUUCGAAAUGGGGUAGAAAAACCAUGGGACCCCCUUCCCUCCAGUACUGGGCUGCGUCGUAUUAGUCGGGACUCAAAAAAUGACCCUAGUAAAAGCACCGAUGUAUGGGUAAAACAGUAUAUUGGUCACACACCCACGC